AAUUAAAAGUACAAUAUUUUACAAAGGUUUAUCUUAUUUAACCUGGGCUCUCCACGUAGUAAAAACGUCAAUCGUCAGUCGUUCUUCCAACAGUCAUCUGAUCUCUGAUCUGACGUCUUUGACACAAAUAAUACAGGUCAUGUCAAUUGUCAAUUGGAUUGGAGUUGUGUUGUGGAGAAAAAUCAAGUUUUGUUUAUAAUAAAUAAAUGUUUACUUUUAUUUAAAAAAACUUAAUAUGUUGAUUUUCAAAUGUGCGCUUAUUGUUCUAUCGUCAACAUAUAUUUUUUCCCUUUGUUUACAAGUGGCAAAGGAAACGAACUCUCUAGAUACUGGCCUUGCUUUUUUGUAUGUGGCCAGCGGAGCAAUAGCUGGGAAAAUCAUUUAUGACAGAUACCAGCAAAUUCAUGUAUUAGGUUCACUAACACCAAAUCCCAAUGUGACCUCCUUUGCCAAUAGGAUUGCAACAUUUUCGGCCUCAUUCCUGUCUUUGGGCUUCCUAGCGUAUCUCUUACUAUUUCUCUUUAAGGUGGAUAGCCAUUGCUUAAUAGCCCUAAAUAUAUUUAUAUGUGCGUUCGGCACUUUGUACUUAUGGGUACAGUGUGUUUUAACAACGUAUAUUUCAACGUUAUUUUAUGACAAAAACUUGUUAAUACUACGACAAUGUCUUGCCAAUUUGAGCUUCCUUUUAUUAGUAUUAAUGGCUAUUUUUGGAACUAUAACUUCGUUCUUGACAGAAGAUGGUUCCAGUGGCUUUCGAAUUUGUCUUAUCAUCACGUACCUAUGCAGUUAUUCACUAACAGCUAUUUUCUGCAUAUUUUUAAUCUCCUUUCAGAAAGAAUAUGAGUACUUUGCUGUAGGCUUACGAUCCGAAUUAUUAUUAGAUGACGCAUGUUCAUUGAAUAAUGCGUCAAUCUCCGAAGUGGAUGGUUUUAGGACACAAGAUAUGCUCUCUAAUGCUAUCGUAAUAAAGGGGAGCAUAAGUUGUGGGAAGAUCUCUUGACCAGAGGCCGUGCCCGUAGAGGGCACGGUAACACAUUCAAGUGGGGCCUCGAAUCCCUUGCGCUACGGCAGCUUUGGGAAUACCCACAUCAAUAUAGAACAAUUAGACAAUGAUAGUAACAAAUGUUUACAUGACGAAGUCCUUUUGGAUAACGACGACAGUGGUAUGUCAUCAGAAGAAAAUGAUGACACUUUUAACGCGAGUGUUUAUAAUAAUAAUUUGAAUAUCACUAAUAAUAUUGAAGGAGUAACAAAGUGCCUAACUAAUGAAUCUCAUAGUGCUGUGCAUUGGAAUGAAAUUCCUUGUUGUUCAAAAGAUGUGAUUAAUAGUAAUGUUAGGGAUGAAGUGUACAGGUUGAAGUCAGCCGAUAUACUUAAUGAUAAUGAGAUAAUUAAUUCUGAAUUUAUAGUUAUAGAUUUGACAUGUGAUGUCGAUGAUGUGAGUGAAUCUAAGUUUGGUCAGGAUGUGAUUGGUACAAAUGUUUAUAACAUCGAUUGUGAUAAUGCAAGCAUUCUUAGCGUAGAAUCGAGUCGGAGUUUAGUUCCUGUCGUCAAAAA